AUGCCUCCAUUGGAACAAAACUUCGUCGACUUGGAAGUCGGCAGCAACCAAUCAAGUGUCUUCUCCCGCUGUGGAUUUGCUGGCUUCUUCUCCUCACCCCGACCCAAGACGAAGAAGUCAGCAUCCAUUGUCUCUUCAGCCAUGUCACAGCUUGAAGCAUUCACUUUGUCUGAUAGCAAUCCGCCAAGCCAGAAGAAUGCGAAUGGCAAAACCCAUCAGAAGGAUAAGGCGGUUGUGAAGUUCAGUAGCGGUGUACGAGUACGACUCAUACCGUCUCACAAGGAGAUUUCCAAGGACCAAAAGCAAAAGGUUUGGUACUCUGCAGCAGAAGCCAGAGCCAUUCGCGUCAAUACAAUCAAAACGGUUGAAAAAAUGGCCCAAAACAAAUCCUUGGAUCCAAAUGAGACGACUAGAGGAUUGGAGAACAUGACGCCGAGUGAACAUCAAACCCGACGAAUACUUAUCCGCCGUACCAUUCUCACCGUCUUGAAAGAACAAAGCAAAACCUGCUCUGACCCUGCUGAGACAUGGAAAGACGCUGAACACCUUGCGAGGAUUUAUGGACACGCCUGUCGUCAUGCCGUCUCGGAAGCGAUAUGUCUUGCAGCGAUUGAUACAAGGGAAUCAAUUGGUAGCUAA